UGUUACUGUGCGUUCAAAUGAUAUUGGCGUCCGAGGGCAAAUCUCUGGCGGCUUUUUACACGUGGUUGAUGACAGGAAUUGCCUGCCAUCUGGGUGUAUAAAGUAAUGUUUAAUAGAGUUCACCCAAUUGCGCCGUGGCCAUCGUGGCGCACACGCACUGCGGCGGCCUCGACACUGUCCACGCCGGCUCAGGUUUGCUCAACACAAAAUUCUUGGCUUUCUUCCUCACGAUCAAGGUCCACAUCUCUCAUGAGUCUACAAAGAUGCAAGCGGCGCCAAGAUGAUGACGAAUCACCCAACUCCGCACUUCGAGGGGCUCCUGGGCAGCACGAUUCUCGAACCUCGUCUGUAGAUCUUCAUUGCCAAAGUCCGGUUCCAAGUGGUCAUAUCGCAAUCGUACAUACCUAGUACAGCACAGUACAUGACGAUACAUUCAUCAAGGAUUUUAAGCUCCGACUAGCUGUGAACACAAAAUAUUGUUAGGAGCUCUAGGCCAGCACGUCAAAUUUAGACUUCGUUCACGCUGCCACGUUCGGCCCGCGGCGAGCCUUCACGCGUCGAAAUAUCCACUCCAAGGCUUCAGCGCAUUGGU